AUGACUCACCAAGGGACAGAAGGGAGCAUGGGAGGAACAAGGAUGAUAAGCGGGCCAAAACAUCGAGGGUCCCCACCACUAGCAAAAAGCCCUUUUUCCGCUGACAUCUUGGCGGAUACUCUACCACAGAGUUACAAACCUAUUUCUAUGGAUUAUGAUGGCACCACCGACCCGGAAGUACACCUCAACCGGUUUGAGGGAUUAGUCACGCUCCACAUGUAUACGGAGGGCAUCAAGUGCCGGAUAUUCUCCACCACAUUAACUGGACCUGCCCAGCUGUGGUUUGGGAUGCUCGCCCCAAACUCUAUUCAUUCAUUCGAGGAUUUGCAGACGCGUUUCUUGAGGCAGUUCGCGAGUUCGUGGAGGGUUGGGAAGUCAGCUCUUUCUUUGAUGGACAUAAAGCAAGAUCAAAACGAAACAUUACGGGAGUAUACUGCCAGGUUCAACCUCGCUGCUCUGGAGGUGCCAGAGGCGGAGUCGCAGAUUAAAAAUUGCGCUUAUGUCAGAGGAUUAAAACCGGGACUCUUCUUCGACGAGUUACAAAUCAGACCGGCAAUGGAUUUUGAUGAUAUCAUGGCUAGGCUGCCAGGGUACUCACAGUUAGAAGAUGCCAGGAUGGCAAGGAAGGCAGAAAAUGACAAAUACAAUGCUAAGAAGGCCGAGGAUGCACCAGAGCGGUAUAACAGAAACCAGGAUCGGGCUCCUUUCAGAGGGUUGCCCCCGAGGGUACCUCCUCCCCAGGCAGAGGGACCACCCCGCUAG